AUAAGGCUACUGUAGGCAUAUAUGUAUAUGUUACAUAUAGUAAUAUUGGUUUCAUUCACAACGUAAAGCGAAGUUUAUCUCAAUAUUUUCAUCGGGGCCGUCGAGGAGGACUGUAUGAUGGACGUUGGAGCUCAGCAGACUGACCGGAACGGUUCUUGUGGGCGGUACUUGAAGCAACUAUAAAAAUGGGUUUCCCUGUAAAAAAAAGCCACCAACUCACUAUGAUCUCGCAGGACCCAUUAAUGCGCUCCCUGUGAUGUGUAUAUUUGGAUACCAUAUCUAUCCUCAACAGAGCUCAUUGUAGAAGUUUUAUAAGGUUUAAGAUUAUUUUCCCUGCUUGGAUACUAGGCUACUGACUAGGGCAUUGGAUAUGUGCACACGGGAUGAUGAAAACCCCUUUCCUCCCCGCAGAAGUAAGAUAAAAUAGGGUUUCGCUUACAUUGGAUUUACUCCUCUCAUUCCAUAUGAAGAAGCCAAAAAUUUGGAUACGCGUCUGUGUCCAUUUAUUGCUGUGCAUCACACUUGGAGUCCAGUCAAGUGAAUUUGGAAAUACUGUAACAGAUGACAUCACAAGCAUUUCACUAUUGAAACAAAAUAUACCUAAAGAUUACAAGAUUCCUGUGACAUACGUUCCAAAAGAAGUGGGUGGAAUGUGUUGGGUAGCGCUAAACGUUUUCCACUUGGAACUCAGUUUACGAGGAUUAGCAGACAAGUUUGGAAGCAUUUCGUCCAACAAAUAUAAUAUCAGCAUAUUGAUCGAAAUGCUGAAAGAGACAAGAUAUCACAUGAAGAACUUGGAGGCGAUUACGUAUGAUUUUGAGUGCCACUACAGAAAUGAGCAAUGGCAGACAGGACACUAUUUUCAUUUUGUCGAAGAUUUUUUAAAAACGGCCCGUUUGAAUAGAGAUUUUCCAGAAGAAUGUGAUCCACCUCCCUGUCCCACAGCAACAAUGGCUACAACAAUAACAACACAAUACCCCACAUCAGUCAACUAUCCUGCCAUAGGAACAGAAUUCAACAUGUCAGCACCAGACUCCGAAACCUGGAAUGAGCCUCUGAGAUUCCUGCCAGAAGUAGUGGAGAGAAGCCUCCUGUCACUACUUGUCAUUCCUAUUGCAGCCGUUGUGUUUCUGUUUGCGUGGAAGGUGAAAUCAAGGAGGAACCAACAUCAGUCAGAUGAACGGAACUCAGUGGAAGGAGGCCUUUUCACAGGACCAGAAGGGACUUUGGCACCUCCACUAGAGGAACCAUCUGAAAAGAACAGAUUGAACAUCAUAGAGACAGUGUAAUUCUUCAAAUCCUUGGAAAUUGGUGUACAGAGGAAUCGUCUGAGAAAGAGAAAGGAAACAAGCAAACAUAAAACUGCAUUUCUUAUGGAUUUUUGAGGUGAAAGACUCGCUUCUUUCCUGUCUAGAAACUGCCAGUCCUCACAUACUGGAACCAGAGAAUGACAUUGCAUAGAAAAGCUUUGUUUUUCUUAUAAGAAUAUUAACCCGUCGUCUACUAUCAAAUUUUGUCAGAAGAAGCUGAAAAGGAGACCGGAUUGUCAUGGAAACAUCUAGAGGCGCCAAUAACAGUCAAAAUAUGACUCAAAUCACCCAUAACUGCUGAAAACACUAAACUUUACGGGACAAAGUUGUUUUUACAAGCACUCCCAUUUGCACUUUGUGUGGGUUUGGCUGGAGUGUAGAUACCAGAUCUACUCAAGAAUGGGCCAGAAAACAAACCCCUACAAAUGGCUUUCUUUUUUUCGAAGAACCCUUUUUGAUUCCAGGUAGAACUCUUUUGGGUUCCAUGUAGAACCCUUUCCACAUAGGACUGAAAAAGAAAUGACUACCUCUAGUCGCCCUCACUUUCCUCAUCUUCUUCUCAGCAGCAUUCUACUCCAUUUCCAUCUUCAUCUGGGUCUCCAUUGGACAUUCCCUGAGAACAAAUGUUGAAAUGAGUUAGCUAGAAAUAUUCUCAGAUCUAAGCAUCUGUUUUGUUUCAUGUUUUUGGCCGUGUAUGUACCGAAUGGAUGAGGUUGCGUGAUAUAUUUAUUUAUUUACUCAGAAUGCUGACAGCACCGUGUUGCUUUGGUUGAAAAAAAAAAACAGACAAUGAUUCAGCUUAUCUAUAAAAAUAGUAAAUGAGCAGGAAAAGGUCUACAAGGGCGCAUUAUAACCCAUUCUUCUGCCAUGCAUUAAGCCCUCAUAAGCAGCACAUAAGCAUGUAUGAACACGUGCAUUAUCUAUAUUAUUAAGACAGCCAUAGAGGGAUGUACAUAUGUAUGUAUGAUGGUGUUGUUAAUUGCUUAUGAAUGGGUUGUACAAAAGGCUUUGGUUGGAGGUGUAAAUGUACAAAACAUUGCUGCUUUGACUAACUUACAUUUUACCCAUUAUAUACAUUAAGAAUUCUCCCUAUAGCAAUCAAUGGUCAAGCAAGGGUAGAUACUACAUAUCCAUAUUGAUUUAGAUAAAAAAGUUUAAGGGGUCUGAUAACUCUAGGUGUUUCUAUGCUCUCAAUGCACAAGAAAGAGGUGGACUAGCAUUAAGUAAACCAGCACGGUAUCAGAUUCUGGAGACUGAGAUUAACCACAUGUAUCAUCAAUUACAGUAUAACUCGGCUCUGGUAUAUUGCAGCUUAACUACCCAUAAGGUAUAUUCUGUAUGUUGCAUGUAAACAACUGUAUUACAGUUCAACAACACGUUAAGGUGGCUCAAAGCUAUGAAUUCAAGGUGAGUUAAAACAUUUUCUUUUUACUUUUCACUCCAAAUCAAAUCUUAUUUUAUUCGUCACAUGCUUCGUAAACAACAGGUGUAGACAAUCAGUGAAAUGCUUACCGCUCGGCUUACAGCUACAAAAAUAUAGAGCACCCUAUUGAAUUGUGUUUCAAAUAGCUGUCAGUAGCCUAUACAGCAAGUGAACUAAGAGAUUCAUUUCUCAAACACGUCUGAAUACAAAUCCCCUUAAUAUAACAACGUUUUUAGAGAGGACCAGCAUCUAAAAUGUACCAUGAUUUAGAAAAGUGAUAUGAUCUGUGAGGAGAGUGUCUAGCAAUUAAUCCAGAGAGGCUGCAUUCGAUGAUUCAGAGAUGUAUCACUGUAACUAUUAUAUAAAUUAGAAGAGUACGUAGGAAAAUAUUGACAUUUUUGCACAAUUCAGUUGCCAUCUUAGGCAUGAUGAAAAUUGCCCAAUCCAUGACAUUAUGCAAUUGCAUAAAUGCAAGCUCUCAAAUAAGCAUGGACUGCUAUUGUUGACAUACGUUGGCAAAGAGAGAGAACUUAAACCUUAUGUAUUAAGUUAGCCAAUGCAAGCUUAACCGUACUUGUACCAAUACAUGCAUUCCCUCACUUUCGCCAUUUGGCGUUCUUACCCCUUGUACCUUGUACAAUCCUGGUUUUGUGCCUUGUUUGGAUUUAUGUUGUUGACUCCAUCAUGAAUACAGGUGAUACAUUAAAGUAUAUCAUUAUGCUGUUUGAUCCAAGAGCAGUUGGAUCAUUGUUUUAUGCACAGUAUUUGUGUAUGACAUUUCACAAACUCACCAGGAGACAACAAAGUAAUGGCGACAAACCACUGACUAAAAAACCAACAUGGAGGACAAGAGACCAUGUCAUCAAUAGGUGUUGGUUGUCUCUCAGUGACCAUGAACCAAUGGGAUAGAUAGACCAGUCUGCUAAAAAGUGUUGUAGACAAAACCUAGAGAAGAGUGUUGCAUCAUUGCCCAACUGGUUAUAAUGAUCUCCCACCAAUGGAAAUGACCUGGCACUCAUAUUGUCUUUGUGGCACCUCUAUGUUAACCCAUUACCCUUAUUCCAAUACAUAAUUAUCACUCUAAUUCAAACAAAUGGACCCUAAGCCUAAGUGAAAGCCAUUUUAAAUAUCAGGACACACAUUAGUUAGAGCAAUAACCCUUUUCAUUUGAACACUAAUACUCCACAACACUAAACUCUUAUAAAUCAAUUAUACACUAAGUAACAUGUGACAGAAGAAUACAUUCAAACUCCAAAUUGCAAUCCUGUCUGCAUGUAAUGUUUUAGGAGUUGUACUUUGUAUAGAAAACGGUUCCACUGGUAAAACCUGUUUAUUUCAUCAAGUGUAUUUGGGGAAUUUGCCUAUUGGACUUUUCUCUUAGAAGAGUAUUUAUAGUGCGAAAUGGAGUGAAUGUAAAAAACAAUACCACAUUGGUGUUCAUAUAGUUUUGAGCAAAAGUGUCAAUUUCAGCAUGAGUAGCUGAAAACACUUGGUGUGAUUAACUGUUGUUUUGUUGUAUUAAAGCUUUAAGAUAAUUAUUUUAUCCCCAAAAUAAAUGACUUUGUAUUAGGGCUGUCAGAGUUAAUCACUUGACUUGAGUAAAAAAAUAAAAAUGCACAAUUUGUUUUUAAAUCAUGAUUAAUCGCAUUGUCAGUAAUUAUUCAGAAUACAAUGAAAACGUCCAAAAUACAUAAUAUAUACAGCCAAAAGUGAGACAAUGCAAUGUCAAAACAAGUUGACCAUGAGGUUAAAGAAAUUGUGCUUUAUCAAGUUAUUUGAUUUUGCUAACCGUUAUUUUGGACAAAAUCAAGACGACAAUGCUUUUUGUAUAACAAUUGAGCAAAUUAUGAAUUUAUGAUUUAUCACAGCAAAUCCAGCGAUUAACUUGAUUUUUUAUUUUUAUCGUUUGACAGCCCUACUUUGUAAUAAGCAUUGUGAUACAUUGAAAAAUGAAACAUUUUUUAUUGCCACAACAAAAACAGUAUGUAAGCUUCUAAAGAGUCAACUUUAGAAGUUUUGCGGGUGUUUUACAUAUUGUAUGAAUGUUGUGAUGAGUUGAAACAUGGUUUAAGCUGUGAACAGAAAUGUGGUGGCAUCCCCCAUUUUCCUGUCUGUCUUAGAGCCUAUGAACACAAAGAGAUAGUCAUUGUCCCAAAUGGCACCCCAUUACCCUAUAUAAUUCACUACUUUUGACCAGGGCCCAUAGGGCUCUGGCCCAGAGUAGUGAACUAUAUAUGGAAUAAUAGGGUGCUACCAUGUUGAAAAGAGCAAGAGCCCUGAAGCACUGUUCUGGUAUCAGUUAUAUGUUGUUUUACUUAUUUUGGUUGAAAUUAGUUGAUCCCUGAACAGUGGUUUUGGUCUCUAGCUUAGUGUCCCACUAUAAAAAUAGAAUUCCAUAUUUCUAAUUAUAGAAUUGGAAUUCUGUGUUCCACUCUUAUAGGGGAAACAAACAGGCGUGUAGGCAGGAAGUUAAUCUGGGUGCCAAAAGAAAACAUCAUUCCGACCCAGGCAAAAGCUGGGCAACACUACUGUAUUUUUGUAUAAAUGUAAACAAAUGUAUAUGAUGAGAUAUGAAUAAAGUACACAUAUCCAAAUA